AUGGAGAAACGAUUUCCAAUAUUUUUGAUAUUGAUGCCGCUUUUAGUAUUGGCUCAAAGUCCACGUCGCGAUGAAAACUAUCCUCCACCAGAUUUUCUGAAACGAUUUAUAACUAUGCAUGAUGUUUGCGUUGGAAAAACUGGAGUCUCUGAAGAUGCCAUCAAGGAAUUCAGCGACGGUGAAAUUGUCGAAAAUGAUGAAUUAAAGUGUUACAUGCAUUGUAUAUUUCAAGAAAUGCAUGUUGUCGAUGAUAAUGACGAGAUGGACUAUAACAAAUUGAAAAGUCAUUUGCCUGCAGAAAUGGAAGACUUUGUCGUCAAUAUUCUCAAUGUCUGUGAAUCGCAUGUCCCCCAGGGUGCUAAUCAGUGUGAACGAUCUUGGUCUUGGCAUAUGUGCUUCAAGACAACGGAUCCCGUGCAUUAUUUUCUACCCUAA